UCCGUGCUGAUUUUUUUGGGAAAUAGUAAUUUAGAGCUACAUACAUAAAUAAUGAUACACCUAACCGAACAAAACUAUAAUGCGCGCGACAUAAUCCGAAACAUAUUCUCGCCACUCAUAGGUGUGGUGAGCAGCCAUAUGGCAGACGAAAUUUGCCAUCGAAACAAUUUAUCCUUUGUGGACUUAUUGCAGCCAUUUGCGCGACUCCCCAGUGAUGCACAUUUUCGCGACGUUUCGGGAACUAGCGUGUCCAUACGUGGAUUACGACUUAACUUCUGUGACGUGGACUGGCGACCACCCCAAACUGUACUGGCACGGAAAAUGCUGAACGAGUCAGUGACAAAUGCACAUAAUGAGAAAACAAAAAUAGUGACAAUAGCUGGUAUCGACCUAGAGUUGCCCAGCGCUGAGCCUUGGUUUGAGCAGUGGCGAGAAACAUUCUUAACUGUGCAGUUUCCUGCGGAACAUGAAUUCACUCGCCAUCUUCUCAGCUGUUUGCUGGUGCUGUCUAGCGCGGAUCCUCAGAUCGUGGAAACGGCGCAUAAAAUGACGCAGCGCGUGCAACAAAUGCAAAACAUAACGCCUCAGAAACUGCCAAAAUGGUUCCAUCCCACCCAGGUGCUCAACAGCUAUGUCGUGCUGCACGAAGCCAGUCAUGGUGAUUUGUCCAAAGCACAACAGGGCUUUGAGUUGAUUAAGUCUACAUUUGGCGACAACAAAUGUUUUCUGAUCUCAAUCAAUUCACUGGAAGCCAACACAAAUAAUGACAUACCAGAUCAUUGGGCGCGUUAUAUAAAGCGGCAGCCCAAAGCAGACACUAUUGCCAAUGAAAUCAGUGCGCCCAAAUCACCACAGGAAGCAGUCUCGGUUAUAUCCAUGCCUUCAAUUCAAAUGUCACAGUUGUUGGAGGGCGCUGCAGCCCAAGAGGCUGGUAGUGACCUGACAAUGCUACAUCCUCUCAGUCCUAUGCAAGAAAGCGCAACAGAGGCAAUUAACUCAAAGUUUUCCAUCAGCAACGAAAGCAUUGCGUCGCAAACCAUCAAUCCCAAUGUAUGGGCUGCAGAUUUUGACGCAGAUGCUCCGCAUGGCAGCUGCUUAAAUGCCCACGAUGUAGAAAAUCUCAGACACUUUGUACAGGACUACGCGGUGCGAGCGCUCAUACCGUAUAUAGAGCAACUAGUGGGAAUACUAAGCGAAGGCGUGACAAAUAAGAAGGGUGUCAGCAAGUCGCUGCUUAGUGCAACGAAGCGUUGGUUUGUAACCAGUAAACCUGGUGCCGGAACUAACAAUCAAAAUGCCGUCAUCUACACCAACGAAUCGGCAGAGCUCCAAACGCGCAAACUUGGAGACCUAUACUUUAUGUUUGGUCACUAUAAUUUGGCAUUCCAGGCUUAUCAUCAGGCUAAGCGUGAUUUUAAUGCGGACUCUGCUUGGCAAUAUUAUGCCGGUGCCCUAGAAAUGGCCGCACUUUCUGCUUUCAUGUUGGGUACUUCACAUCGAAAGACAUACGAUUAUAUGGAGGACGCCAUUGUGUGCUAUUUAACGGUGUGCAAGCUGCAGCAAUUUGCGACGCGUGCCACCCUUAUGAGCAUGGAGUGCCUAAAGACUGCACGACAGUACUCCGAAGUGGCCAAACAGUUAAUACGAAUGACUAGCGAGGAGUCUGACCUACGCUCGGCGCUGCUUUUGGAGCAGGCUGCUUAUUGCUUCCUAGUCACGCAGCCGCCCAUGCACCGAAAGUACGCCUUUCACAUUGUGCUCGCGGGCAAUCGCUAUUCACGGGCCGGGCAACGCAAACAUGCCUUUCGUUGCUACCGCCAAGCCUACCAGGUCUUUCAAAACCGUCACUGGAGUCUGGCCGAGGACCACAUACAGUACACGGUUGCCAAGCAGGCUUACAUGCUUAAAAAAUUAGAGGACGCGAGUCGUUCAUUUGCCCAUCUUUUACGACCGGGAAGCCUUCAGAAUGCUCAGCAGCAAAGCAGUUUUCUAAAGGAGUACAUACAAACGCAGAAUGAGCUCGUCAAGCGUAGUCCGGAAUUGGGACUGCUUCCACAUGCUCUCCCUCACGUUGAACAACAAUCUGUGCGCGUAUUGACUUUGGUGCAGCCAUCGAAUGUGCCAGCGCCCCAGGUACCUGCUACCAACAUUGAUAUAGACUCAGAUCUUAGUACUGAUGAGUCUAUUUGGUACAAAAUCGAAGAAAUGUUGGUUAUCACGGCCGCCUCGAACAAGCCAUUUGUAUUCAAACCUUCGCAAUACCUAUACAAUAAGGAACAUCCAGCCACGGAGUGCCCACUGGCUGUGCAAGGAGAACCUAUUGAGCUGGCCGUCACAUUAUCGAACAGCGUGCGCUGCAGUAUAACCCUUAAUAACAUCGAUCUGCUCUGGCGCCUAACUCUAGACAACGAGGAUGUGCUGUCGAACGUUAGUGUUUACGAGCAGCAGGAUGACAGCGCGAGCAAGGCUGCAGUCAACGCAGCCAUCAAAACCACCUGCCUCGAUACCAUUGUUUUGGAAGAGCAGGCUGCAAAAACGCUUUACUUUAAACUGACUCCAAAACUAACGGGUCGCCUGCAUAUUCUUGGUGUGGUGUGCCGUAUGGCUGCGUCUACAGAGCCCAACGCGAGUCUGCUGGGGGUCUUACAGUUUGAAACACAGCGUAUCAAGCCUGCUACAGCUAAGCAGUCCACACAGACGCUUCUUGAUAACAGACUCAGCAUUAAACUGGUCCCACAAGUGCCCUCACUGAGUGUUAGCUUUAGCGUCGUGCCUGGUGAGAUACUGGCAGGUGAAAUUAUACCUGUAAGCAUUACGUUACGAAAUUUGGGUAUUGCGCCCAUCGAUGACAUUUACCUAGGCACUGAUGACCCGCGCUGCAUCACGCUCUUGGACCAACAAACGGAUAUUCCUCUCUCUAUUCUGAGCUCUUUACGAGAUCUGUCAAACGACAAUCUGGUAAAAGAUAAGGAAAUACGACGCCAACGCGUUUUUCGAUUAUUACAACGUCCAGCUGGACAAGCCGCUUUGAAUGCACAGCAGUGCCACACCGUCUCCAUGUGGCUGCAAGCGCCGUUUACGCCAGGCGACUUUACGCUGCGCUUGCUCUUCUACUACUCCCUGCCAGCACCUUUAAAUGCGCACCUAAAAUAUCGCCUAGUGCGUCAUAUUUGGAAAUUGAAAGUACAGCCUUGUUUGCAAGUCAACUCCACCUGUGUCAUCAGUAAUUCCGUAACCCGAGAACUAGGUGUCGAUGUCAGUCUUAAGAACGUGCACGAUGAACAGAAGGCUGGGAAAAAAUCGGAAGUUUACAUCAAUGCAUUGUCGCUAUAUUCUACCGACUAUGAUUUGAAUGAGGACAAAUUAUACAUCAUGAACAACAUGGGGGUCACAACUGGGCAAGCUGGAGCCCACUGCCUCAAACCUGCUACGUCGUGCGGUUUCCAGUGUCGCUUACAGGCAAAGCCGACGCCACCACCAUUCACAGGCGUCCCACCGCUAAAGACGUUACUGCAGUGGCGUCUCACACGCAUAAACAUUCUGCCUGCAGAUCAUGCUCAACAGUUGGAGCAGCAAAUACCUCCACUAUACGAGCCGCAUGGCUUCCUGACCAACAAUGAGACAGUUUAUUACAAUAUAAGUAUAAGCAGCGAGGAAUUCAAUGCUGGCAUUGCUUCCUAUACGCCACACAUAACUCUGGCUCUUAAUUGGAGUGCGCUAGUUCAGAGCGGGACAAUGCAGCGAAUUGCUAAUGGACUGCAUUUCAUGAAGCUGCAUCGCUUGUACGAAACAUCUAGCUGUCCGAAGAAUGAUGCUGUGGGAGAGGCGGAGCUGCGGAACCGUCUCUCCAUAAUGAGCGAGACUAGCAAUACAAACGAUAGCAGUCGUGAGUUUGCGCUUCCUGAAUUUUUCAGCGAACGGUACGAUGGCAAUAAGAAUAACGAUAGUUUUGAUGAUGAAGAGGACUACUGGGCUCCAAAUGAAUGCAACGUCAGCAAGCGUUGCCUGAUAGAAGAUGAAAGUUUUAUGCUGGCUUCAAAGGCAUAAAGCUUGCAAUAAUACCAAAUUCUGAACAUACCAUCCUACGAUUGGGACAUCUAAGUUCAUAUUAUGAAUUGUGAAUGCAUUAUAUAUAAAGUGCAAUCGGCUACAAAUGGCGGCUCGGCCAAAUGAUCUUAUAUACAUACAUACAAAGUUUUUUCCAUUUUGUUUUAUUAUUCUUGUAGUUGUGUAUACAUAUUUAUGUAUUAUUAGCAGCUAAGUCAUUAGACUAUUUGAAUGUCUUUUGUGUGAUAAUACAUGUUAUUCUUUAAGUUGAUUGAUUUAAAAAGAGCGAAUAAUACAUUACGUGCUAAUA